AUGGCCUCCUACCUCCCUGAAGCCGAUGGCUACCUGCCAUACUGGCUUCUUUUCAUCGCCUUCGUCAGCCUCUUCAACACAAUCCAGUCCUUCCUCACGACCUCGAUGACUGCUCAAGUCUACGCUCUCGCCCCAUCUGCCACGAACGCCUCCACUGCUACCAAAGACAAGAGCUCGCCCCGUGCAGAAGACAUUCAAGUGACGCCCCUCCAAUCCCGUCUUUUCGGGACCUGGACUUUCGUCGCCAAGCUCGUUCGUCUUUACGCAGCCUACAACAUUCACGACCCUGCGCUUUACCAAUUGGCGGUCCUAACCUACGUUGUUGCGUUCUUGCACUUUAGUAGCGAGUGGCUGGUCUUUGGCACCGCGAAGUGGGGAAGAGGGCUGGCUGGUCCCAUACUGGUGAGCGUUACGAGUUUGAUGUGGAUGGGGACGCAGUAUCAAUUCUACAUAAAAUGA